AUGCCGUCCGCCGAUCCCACGAAAAACUUCAAGCGCAUUGGAGUCGUCGGAGUUGGGAGCAUGGGCUCCAUGAUGGCCUUUGCCUUUUCUGAACUAGGACUCGAUGUCUCUGUCUGGGAUGUGGAUAAGAGAAAUGUAGAAAAAGUGAUGGACUGGACGAAAAAGUCCACGACCAUGAAAGGCAAAAUCCAGGGCUACACCGAUAUCAACGAAUUCACCAAGAGUCUGGAGGGCCAAGGAAUCGGAAAAUUGUUCAUGUUUUCGAUCACUCACGGUGAGCCUGCAGAUUCGGUCCUGAAAUUGAUCAAACCCGACCUGAAACGAGGCGACAUCAUUCUGGAUGGGGGAAAUGAAAACUACCGCCGCACUGAGCGACGCCAGAGAGAAUGUGAAGAUAUCGGCGUGUAUUGGAUCGGUAUGGGCGUGUCUGGAGGCUAUCAGUCUGCACGACGAGGUCCAAGUCUGUCGCCAGGAGGUGACAUCAAAGCUUUGGAUCUUGUCAUGCCACUUCUGGAGGCCUAUUCUGCCAAGGAUCGCAAGUCAGGAGAGCCGUGUGUGACGCGCAUCGGACCUGGUGGAUCUGGUCAUUUCGUGAAAAUGGUCCAUAAUGGAAUUGAGGGUGGCAUGCUGUCAGCGCUCGCCGAGGCGUGGUCAUACAUGCACUACGGUCUCGGACUGGACUAUGAGCAGAUUGGAGACGUCUUCACGCAAUGGAAUUCCAAGGGCGAAUUGCGGAAUAACUUUUUGGUCCACAUUGGUGCCGAUAUCAUGCGGAUCAAGAAGACCAAAAAGGGCGACUGGAAAGGAGAAGGUGCCAGUGACAGUGACGGCUAUGUCCUCGACGAUGUGCUCGACAAGGUCGUUCAGGACGACGACAACACAGAGGGAACGCCUCUCUGGUCCUUGAUGGAAUCCGCCUCUCGACAUGUUUCCACUCCCACUCUUGCUGCGGCACACUACAUGCGCAUUGCCAGUGGGAAUCGUGCUGAGCGCCUGGAGGUCUCUAAAAAGCUUCAAGUGCCCACUCCGCGACAAAUGGAAAACAUCAAAGAUCGCGCCACUGUCCUGGAGAAGCUUCGUAAAGCCGUGUACUGCACAUUCCUCGCAUCCUUCUGUCAAGGGCUGGAGCUUAUCGCCCGAGCAUCCAAGGACGAAGGCUGGGCAAUCAACAUGGGAGAUUGUCUGCAGAUCUGGCGUGCAGGCUGUAUCAUUCAGUCAGAUUACAUUGCGAAUCUCUUGCAGCCGGCUCUCACGGCCGACAAACACAUCAUGAACAUGAAGUUGAUCGACAAGGUUGCCCAGGAGCUGCAUAAUAAUCUGCCUGCCUUGAAGACGACCGUCAUGGAAGGGAUCAUGUACGAUCAGUAUAUCCCGGCCCUUUCCGCAACCCUGGACUAUAUCAAGUAUUCAGGAGGCACCGCCCUUCCGACCAAGUUCAUGGAGGCUCAAAUGGACUACUUUGGUUCGCAUGGCUAUAACAAGCCAGGUGUGCCCGGAGAGGAUCCUGGUCCAACUCACAAGGGCCCCCAUCAUUAUGAGUGGAAACCUGCAUGA